AUGGCUCUUCGGAGGAUUCCCAACCAACUAGCAAACGCCAACCCUUUGAAUGAUGUUACGCUGAGAGUGCUGGAGAUCGGAAACACAAACCGAGAAACUGCACAGAGGACCGACCAAGAGAAGCGAACACCACUUCAUGCUGCUGCCUAUCUGGGUGAUGUUCAGAUCAUCGACGUUCUCAUUCAAUCUGGUGCUAAUGUGAAUGCUAAGGACAACUCGUGGCUCACUCCAUUACAUCGAGCUGCAGCCUCUCGCAAUGAAAGAGCUGUGAGCGCCCUGCUAAAGCACUCUGCUGACGUUAAUGCCCGGGAUAAGCAGUGGCAGAACCCCCUCCAUGUCGCUGCUGCCAACAAAACCACCAAAUGCGCUGAGCUCCUGAUCCCAUUCCUGAGCAGUGUGAACAUCUGUGACCGUACUGGGAGGACAGCUUUACAUCAUGCUGCAUACAGCAGCCAUGCUGAGAUGGUUCACCUGCUGUUGAAUAAAGGGGCCACUGUUAGUGCGUGUGACAAGAAGGAAAGGCAACCGAUCCACUGGGCUGCGUACGCAGGCCACUUGGAUGUGGUGAAGCUACUGUCGUCACGAGGAUCCGAUGUGACGGCGAAGGACAGGAAAGGUUACACACCACUGCACGCUGCUGCCUCGAACGGACAAAUUGAUGUUGUCAAAUACCUCCUGAACCUCGGGGUGGAGAUUGAUGAGCCUAACGCCUACGGGAACACUGCCCUCCACAUCGCCUGUUACACUGGACAAGACACAGUCGCCAAUGAGCUGGUGAACUCUGGGGCUAACGUGAACCAGCCGAACGAGCAAGGCUUCACACCACUGCACUUUGCUGCUGUCUCGACCAAUGGCGCUUUAUGUCUCGAGCUCCUGGUCAACAACGGAGCGGAUGUGAACAUUCAGAGUAAAGAUGGGAAGAGUCCGUUGCACAUGGCUGCGAUCCACGGCAGGUUUACACGAUCUCAGAUCCUCAUCCAGAACGGUGGAGAGAUAGACUGUGCAGAUAUAUAUGGCAAUACUCCUCUACAUGUAGCUGCUAGGUACGGUCACGAGUUACUGAUCAGUACCUUAAUGACCAACGGUGCUGACACCGCACGGCGUGGAAUCCACGGCAUGUUUCCUCUGCACCUGGCUGUACUUUACGGGUUUUCGGAUUGCUGCCGCAAGUUACUCUCAUCAGGCAUGUCGCCUCGCAUCGUGUCAUCGUUCAGUAACGUGCACGUGCUGUCUGCAGGCUUUGACAUAAAUACCCCAGAUGACCUCGGAAGGACCUGCCUUCAUGCUGCUGCUUCAGGAGGGAAUGUUGAAUGUUUAAACUUGCUGCUCAGCAGUGGUGUGGACUUGAGGAAGGAGGAUAAGUUCGGAAGGUCCGCCUUGCACUACGCGGCUGCCAGUGGCAGUUACCAGUGUACGGUUACUUUAAUAACCGCCGGCGCUAGUAUUGUCCAGACGGAUAGCAGGGGGUGUACCCCUCUGCACUACGCUGCUGCUGCUUCUGAGGCCUACAGAAGGAGUGACCACCUGACAAGUAGUCACGAACACAAUGAAGUGCUGAAGGAGACCCAGGAGAAGGAAGCCUUCUUCUGCCUGGAGUAUUUGCUGGACACUGGCAUGGACCCGUUGAUUCAGGACAAACAAGGUUACAGUGCAAUACACUACGCGGCAGCACACGGGAGCAAGCAGAACCUGGAGCUGGUCAGUGUGGUGAUACACUGUGUUUACGUAGCGCCUUUUUUUGCCAGGGAAGAUACCUCCGCGGCCUGAGGAAAGCUCACACCCUAAGGCCCGAUUCAGGGAGGUUUCAGGGCCUGUCCCCAAGGCUGAUUCUCAGAUCUUGGCUGGUUUUGGGAGGGGGAGUGCAUGGGAAACAGGUGGGGGUGCACGGUGCGUGCACCUUGGAAUGGAGGUGAGAGGG